CUUAAUUCACAAAUGCUGGUCUUGGAACCCAGAUGAUCGCCCGGAGGCAACGGAAGUCGUUAGUUUCUUUGCAAGGAAAAACACUACCAUCUCCCCCACCGACCUACCACUAGCACUAGCAGAAGAUCUGACAGGUCAGAUCUUCGGUACGAUAAACGACUACGUCGCCAGUGGUGCAUUCGGAAACGUCUACAGAUGUAAAUGGAGACGGUGGUCGGACUCUGUCAAGGUCUGGCUAGUGGGCAGUGCCGACGUAACUUGCUGAUCAGCCUGUUCAUUAUCGCACUACAGGUCGCAGUAAAAGUCUUCAGGCAUCACAUAGAUUGCACCUCAAAGCAGGACUUGAGAAAGUUUCGACGAGAAACUGCAAUAUUGGCACACCUCAUCCACGACAAUAGCGUCACACUUUAUGGAACGACAGAGGGGUUCGGGCCAACCACAGCCCUUGUCUUUCGGUGGUUUCCGGACGGCACGCUGUUCCGUCUGAUCACAGAACAGGGUGCUACAUUAACCAUUAGAUCCAAAUUGAAGCUGCUUCACGGCAUAGCAUCUGGGCUCUACUAUCUUCACUCUUUUCCCGUUGUUCACGGUGGCAUUACGAGUUUCAACGUUUUGGUAGAUCUCAAGGAUGGAGAUUACAAGGCUUGCCUAACGGACUUCGGUUUAUCAAAUGUUCUCUGUGCACAUUUAAAAGAACGCCGAAUUGAAGGAUCAACUGUUCGGGCUGGUGCAAUCAGGUGGGCUGCGCCUGAGUUGUUCAGGCCACAUGAUUCCCUUUCCGAUAUCAAACCAACCACGCAGAACGACAUGUAUUCCUUUGGUCGUGUCAUGUUCCAUUUGUUGACUCUGAUUGUUCCUUGGCAUGACAUUGACGAGUACAAAAUCGUUCAAAAAAUCCAAAAAGGAGAGGAUAUUCCGCGUCCUGAGAUAUCCGACUCAACGUCUGAUAUUACGGACGCCCGCUGGAAUCAGAUCGAGCAGUGUUGGUCAGUUGAUCCAGCUGCUCGCCCAUCUGCCUUCAUGGCCAUGAACUUCUUAAAGAGCGAACUGGAGGCUUUGGCUGCUGACAAUGACCUAAGUGUAUUCGGACUUCCCAGCCAUGCGAUAGAAGCUCGGGUAAUUUUAUCAGAUCUACAGUAUCCAAAUCUUCGCAAACCAUCGUUCCGUCGCCAAGUCUAAGAUAUCGUACCCUCUCUCAGGCUUCCAUGCAAGUACACUUAGGUCUAGCUCCUUUGAAUGUGUUGCUUUUUGGGGAGACUGGAGUUGGGAAAAGCUCUGUCAUCAACUUGAUCAUGGGAGUAGAUGUUGCACAGACGUCGCCAGACGCAGCAAGCCUGCACACUGCAACAUACCUCCCACGAAGUCAAUCUUGGACCCCACACUUUCAAACUUUGGGAAGUUUCGUCGCUCCAAUCAAUGGGUUUUUUCCGGACCUUAUUCACAAAAUGGCGCCUGAAAAAGUCAUACAAAAAAUUGUACAGAGACGAUAGUGUCU